AUGCUGGUGCCACCCCCCAACUACGGCAUGGUCGAGGAGAACUUUUACCGCUCAGGCCAACCCGACCAACUCAACUUUCCCUUUCUCGAAAAGCUUGGUCUCAAGAGCGUCAUCUGGCUUGCUCCAGAGCAGCCUGAACCUGGCUUCCUCGACUUUUGCGUCGACCAAAACAUCGAAUUGUAUCACCUCGGAGUGCUCUAUUCCACCAAUGCAUGGGACCCCAUCACCGAGGAGGUCGUGUUGCAAGCCUUACACCUCCUCGUCCAGCCAGCCACAUAUCCCGUACUCGUCAUGUGCAAUCUAGGGCGUCAUCGAACAGGCACAGUAGUCGGCUGCUUCCGCAAGCUGCAGCGCUGGAAUCUCAGUGCCAUUCUCGAAGAGUAUCGAAGAUUUGUCGGCGGGCAAAAGUACCGCAUCCUCAACGAGCAGUUUAUCGAGUUGUUCGACGAAGAGCUCGUCUUUGGCGCGAGCUAUUGA